AUGUAUAGGCCGAAGAUCUCCAAUUCGGGGUGGGCUGCUUUCGAUCGCAGGUUGCGUGGCACAGCUGAUGCAGGCGAUGAUGUUGAUGUCAACUCAUUUCCUGCUCUCUCGGGUUCUAGAGGCUCCAGUUCUGCCAGCAGCUCAGCUAUAGGAAAUAAUAAUAUGCCAAAGGCAAAGCCUUUUGCAUCAGUGAUUCGCCCCCCUGUUGAAUUUGCAGUUGUUGGUAAUGAAAACGGAAAUAGGCAUUUGACUGAUCACAUGGUGAGAACAAAUUCUGGUGUAAACUCUGCAUCUGGUAACAAAAUUAAGCUCCUGAAGGAUGCUCAUAGUUGGGCCGACAGUAAUUUAAUUGAGGACAUAUUGGCUGGCGUGGAUAAUGAUGUUGGCCAGGCAUCUGUUUUGCUGAAAUCCAUGGUCGCUCCUGACUUUAUGCCAAGGGGGGAUAGAACAACUGGUCAACCUCCUUUUGAGAUGAAUAAAGCACAUGGUUCAGUGUCAGGAAACACUAUAGCAGAGAAUAAACAUUCAAAUGAAUCACAACUGUUGCCACCGCAAAUGAAUUUAAUCUCUAUACCCCAGGAGCCUGAAUUAGAAGAGUUUGAUGAUGAUUACUUAAACCACCGGAAAGAUGCAUUGAAGAUGAUGAGGGCUGCCACAAAGCAUUCUCAGGCUGCCAGCAAUGCAUUCUUCAGAGGUGACCAUGCUGCUGCCAAGGAACUCUCCCUCAGAGCUCAAGAAGAGUGGUUGGCUGCUGAAAAGUUAAAUAAUAAGGCAGCAGAAGAAAUAUUUCAUCUCAGGAACAGCAACAAUAACAUUUGGAAGAUAGACAUGCAUGGUCUACAUGCAUCAGAGGCUGUAACUGCAUUGGAGAGGCAUCUUCACAUGUUAGAGUUCCAGCCACCAGGGAAUAAUCCAACUUCAACUGAUGAAUUAGAUAAGUCUGAACCCACAAUUGCUGUCCCAAAUGAGGUGGCAGCAGAGAAAGUGGUGGUGUUUCUUCGCCCUAGACAGUCUGUCUUAGAGGUGAUCACAGGGAUUGGCAGGCACAGCAAAGGACAGGCUUCACUGCCUGCUGCAGUCAGGGGCUUCCUUAUUGAAAAUGGGUACCGAUUUGAGGAGCUGAGGCCUGGUGUUUUCUCUGUCCGCCCUAAAUUUCGCCGCGGGUAA